UGAAGCUAGCCAAUGUUAACCCCGUUGGGCUCCUAAGUUUUACCGCGACAUUUUCGCGCGGAAGCCGGGCGUUAUCGAGCCGUGAAAACCUGAAAAGUGCUAUGUGUAAGCAGAAAAUCAUCUGAUCUGUAACCUUUUUACCUACAUUUGGCUAACUUACGACCACGGACGUGAAUGUUUCGGAAUAAACUAAACUAAUAGUGUCAUAAAUUGACAUUCCAUAUCUGGUGCAUGAAGAAAUUUAGUUUUGUGUAAAUUAAAUCAAUUUGUGAAUGAUCAGGCUGAAAAAAUAGUACUACAUCCCAACUGUCUCUUCCAAUAUGGCUGAAUCUGGGUCUCCCUCUGAAGCCAGUGAAAAGCGCAUGACCUUAAAACGUAAAAGAAGCUCUUCUGAUGAUGAGUUAGAAAACCAGCCUCCACAGAAGAUAGCCUCAACCCUUGAUGAACAAUUAUGUGAUCAACCAGCGCUUCAUGUUGUGGUAGAAUCAUCAUCAUGCUCAAGCGAUGAUGAAGGCUCUCAAUAUGGGAACAGUGAUCAACCAAGGAGUGUUUAUACAGACAUUGAUUACAACCCUGACAGCUUUCUGAGCCCACCUAGUGUUUCUGAUCUGCCCAACAGCGUACUGAGCCCCUUAGAAAAUGUGGCCAGAGGCGAGUCCACCCCACACUCUAAUAAAAGGGCUAAUGCUAGUAAGCCUCCAUGCCCUACACCUCCAAAACGCAAAUGUCCCUUGCCUGGAUUGUCUUGGGCUGAUCCUGCUGAUGUCUGGAACAGCAUGUGCGAGUGUGAUGCCAGGUCCAGCAAGAAGAAGAACCCUAACAUGUUUGACAAUCAUCCUAAUCUUCAGCCCCGGAUGAGAGCUAUUUUACUGGACUGGCUAAAUGAGGUCUGCGAGGUAUACAAAUUACACAGAGAAACGUUUCAUCUGACAGUGGACUACGUAGACAGAUACUUAUCGAAUACAGAAGACGUACAGAAAGGGAGACUGCAACUUAUAGGUAUAACGUGUUUAUUCAUAGCGGCUAAAGUGGAAGAGGUAUAUCCGCCGAAAAUAGCAGAGUUUGCUUACGUCACCGACGGAGCCUGCACGACCGAGGAAAUACUUCUGGAAGAACUUCUAAUUCUCAAGAUUCUCUCGUGGAGCAUCACACCAAUAACCAUCAACAGCUGGCUGAACGUGUACAUGCAGCUAGCCAGCGAAGGGAAAUCUGCCAAGAGAAGGCUGCUAGGCGAGAGUGAUGUGGCCGCGAACGCUUUAAGAGGGUACACAUUCGUGUUCCCUCAGUACUCGUCAUUAGAGUUUGUGAUAUGUGGACAAUUAGUGGACUUGGCUGUUUUACAUGUGGACGUUAAUUUGUUCUCGUACAGUGCUGUCGCGGCGGCGGCUAUAGCGCAUACGUACAACAGGGAGCUGGCGAUGAGGGUCUCAGGUUACAAGUGGGAGUCCCUGUCGGAGUGCUACACGUGGCUGGAGCCGUUCGCGCGGUCGCUGCGCGAGGCGGGCGCGGGCGGGCAGGUGCGCGCCGCCGACGGGGAGUUCGUGCAGCCCGCCGCCGCGCUGCGACACAUCUGUCCCGACAUCAACCCCGACGAGAGCCACCGCAUCCAGCAGCACAACGUCACGCUCGACAUGUUUGAUAAAGUUUACCAAGCCAUAUUAGAGCAUUCAUCACAACAUGACGUCUGCCCAUCAACAUCGGUAGACACGGACCACAUAUACCCGCCGACCCCUCCGCACUCCGACCACAAAAGCCCCAAGACUCCCACUACAAAGACUCCGUCGAACAGGCAUGAACACGAACUAAGGAUACAUGCUGACUGAUACAUCUGUAUGUACACUGCUCUGUGUAGUUAAGUCUUUAGAUAUUCCGAGUUCUUAUUGAUUGUCAGAAGAAUGUCUUCUAGUUUAAAGAACAUGAGUAUCCUAUUAUACAAUUAUUAUUUUAACAAUAAACAUGCGCUGAAUGUAGUCUAAAGAAACUACAAUUGAACUAUAAGCAUUGUAUUGGCACCUACCAAUACAUGCAUUUUAUCAAUGAACAACUGACAAGUUCAGAAUUGUCUUGACACUUCAUGGCAAGAUCAGACAGAUGUCUAUUGACAAAUCUUGCAAUGAUAUCUGCCUUAACAAAGAUAUUCUUUGUGGAACCUUAUAAUAUUAUAAUUCUCUUAGAACAUAAAAAUAAAGAACUGAAGGUAAUAGUAAAACUAUAAAUAACUUUUCAGUUUACAGUAGCAUUAUUGACUUUUCCAACUGGAUUUAUGAAAACGGAUGUCCUUGUGAUGCUUCAGUUUCGUAUAAUUAUAAUAUGUAAAUUGAACAAUCAUCAUAUUGUCCAACUUUUUCUUUUUUGUCUCAAAAUACAUUUUAAAAUAAUAAACCAUUAGCUUAAUUGUUUCAAUAGCUUUCAGAGUUAGCACAAAGAGUUACUGUUGCCUGAGCAAAGGAAACAUUUCUGAAAUGUGUUCAUUGUCUUCCGUGGUCUGUUAUGAUGUCUCUAAAUAUAACAUAAACAGAGAUAUCCUGUCGAAGUGUUACACUAAUAUAUUCUAACGUUGUGACGUGAACCUUUUGUCUGACACAUUAAAUGACUAACUUAAUGUAUGAAGUGUGGUCCUUUACUAAUAGGUUUUCGACAAGGAUAUCGACUGUUAUGGGAUUUCCUCAUACCAGUACACGGUCGAUUUAGACGUCCACGGUUACUUGCUUAUAUUUUGUUUUCAUUUUGCAGGUACUAAAAAACCAAAAUAGCUAAAUUAUAAUUGGGUUUUUAGGACUUGAAAAUACAAAUCCAACUAUUAAAAGUAAAACACAAUUCAAGAUAAUGAGAUACAAACUUGUAUCAAUUAAAUUUAUCAAGCAAACUUGACUCAUUCACAUGCUCGACUAAUAUUUAUUUACCCAAGUAUAUUUGGUAUAUACUUAUUUUAUUACCAGUCAAAAACAGCCAGUUUCAUUAAAUACAUGUGACAAUGCAAUGUGUUACUAAUAAAGUUACAUACUUAAGAACUUAUAGGCACAUUUGACAUAGUUUUUCUCAAAUAUCAUAAUUCAGUUAUUUUGAUGGCGUAAAUAAAAGUACUUUUUUAGUAAAAGUAAUUUUUGUUCAGCACAGCGACUUUUUGCUAACUUGUGACGCAUUUAAGUUAUACUAGAAGAAUUUUUAAGUAAGAUUAUAACCUCGAAUUACUUUUUCCCGAAAAAUCACUUUUUUUUCUUGUCACUAAAACUAAACUGGACAGAUUUAUGUUCCUAAUGUAAAAUAAAAAUUUUGGCAGGAGUGCCAUGUUACGUUGUUAAACAUUCCAAACGUAUGUUCAUUGUGCAUUCACUGCGAGACUAUAGGAUCUGUUUUUAGCAAGCCUAUUAUUAUUAAAAUGAUUUUAGAUUAACACAUUCGCUGUGUAAAAUGUUAAACAACUAUACUUUUAUAUCAUAUGUAUCCCUUAUCUGCCACCGAAAGUCAAAGUUACAACAAACAAUAAAAUAACUAUAAUAACAAUAAAUACAGCUAAUGUGUUUAAAUUCUCACAGAUGUACAUACUACUUAUAAAUAUAACUUUUUUAGAGCAAAUUUUGCUAUAAAUAAUUCCUAAUAAUCAUUAAGAAUUACAUUUUCCACCGUUGUUGUUAAUAUGUAUUUAAUUUUUAGUUUUAAUACAUCAGAUGUAAGAGGUUUGUGUAGUUUUUCAUUUAUUGUAAAUAUAGAAUGCAUUCAGAACAGAAUCAUUUUGAAUCAACAUUUUAACACUACUAUAAAUAGUUUAAGAUCCAUCAUCAUAAUCAUUAUAAAGUCUAUAGUUACCACAUCCAGAUUUUUUUCAAUCAAAUUUAUACUCUAAUCAAUUUCUUUGAGAGAAGUAAAUAAAAAUGGCCAUUAUUGGCUACUAGCACUAAUAAGAACUGUUGUAUAACUUUUUUUGUUUAAUUAUUUUAUUUUAUAUAAAUUUAAUGUAAAUAUAAAUAAUAAAAUUCUAACUUAUUUCUAAUGGCAAUGAUAAAUGAACAUUUGUUCGUGAGACUGAUAAAAAAAUUAGUAAACAAUGCGAAAGGAUAAAAAAAUUGUUAAAGUUGUAGUUAAGUAAUAGAAAAACACGUUAGCUAAAUUUCGACGAAAAUUACCGAAUACGGUUGAGAAAUUACAACUUAGAUUGAACACAAAGUGAUUUGCUUUCUACACUUUGUUACAAAUUUUCGAUGGCAACUAAAAAAAUACUAAAAAAACUGAGAUGACCGGAUACUGAAUAAUAAAAAUUUAAUUAUAUCUGUAACAUAAAGGGACAAGAGUUUUUUUUAUAGUGUACUAAUAUGGGAAAUACUAAGGUAUACGAUAUCAACCGGCAAGCAGUAGAUUGUACAUGCAGAAAUGCAUUUGUUGGACCGAGUGUAAAUACGACGAUGUAAAACUUAGAUAUGCUUGACAUACCUGACGUUCUGUUAGUCAACAAAUACGCAAAUCAAAGUUUUAUAUCCGUGUCAUAAUCGGCUACGAAAUAUUGACUGAAUAUACACACCCGUGAAUAGAUUGAUAUGGAGAAAUAACACAAAAGUCAAUAGCAGCAUGUCAGAAACAUGACCAUGGCUACUCCGCCAGGAGCGAUUCUGAAGAAUUCAUCUUAUUUGCAUGAAAUUUUUCUGGCCUUACUCAAUCUUCACAGAGAACGAACGACUAACGAAUUUUAUUAAUACUUCUAACAGUGUCGUGUGUCAGCUUCCUAACUUACUAAUUGAACUAAUACGUGUGAGUAUUUUUUCCUUACUGAUAUGAUUUGUUUAUGAUGUCAAGUAUCUAAGAACAAAAAGUAUAGUAACAAAACAAAAAACUCUUGUCUCGUUGUGUUCAUUGAGUAAUGUAGUAGAGAUUGAAGUUUCAAAUAAAAUGUGUUAAAGGCUGCAAUACAUGUCGGCCAAGGCGAGAAACUGGCAUAUAGGUUGCGGCAUACCAACACCAGGUUUUUGUGUUAAUAGUUUAUCUAUGUUUACAAACGUGGGCUUGUCGACACGUCAGCAAAAAAAUUAGAUCAAUUAAAAAAAAAAACAAAAAAAAUUGCUACUGCAUCUCGGCUGUAUGAAACGGGCGUCAAUGACAUUAAUGCACUUAUCUCAAAGCUUGUCAUUUAUGUAGGUUUCCUUAAAAUAGUAACCACAAAACAAUAUUGUACUACUCGUAUUUUACUUUAAAGAAAAAAAUAAAAAAAAAUAACAGGCGUUACUGUCGUUCAAAUGUGAAUCCCACAAAACGGACUCAAGCGCUGGCCUUGGCACUAGCACUACAGUCUGUGCUCCCUUUUUUUAGCGAACCGCGACUAUCGCGCAGUGCCGAUAAUAGUUUUUCAUUUAUACUUACCUGUUUAAGCUGUAAAUAUACAUUAAACAUCGUCCUUAACAUGUGGUAACUGUAUGGUUCAACAUAUACGAUAACAAUUUAAUUUUUUAUGAAUCCAAAUUAAAUGGAUGUUUGUACAAAUAUUUAUUUUUCUUUUAGAAGCGAGGAUUAUCAGUACGAAUAAUUCGGUAGUCGGUUGAUUGCGUUCAUUUUAAAUAUUUUAUGAUUUUAAAUCUUCUGUAUCAUUACAAAUGACGUUUAUUUUGACGUUUGUAGUGGAGUUUUCUCUUCCAUUGUUAAUAUAAAGUGUACCUUAUAGCAGCGUCGUAGAACCGGGUAUUGUAUAAAACUAAGUAAAUUUCAUUGUAGUGUUAAGUUGAACGAUUACGCUUAUCCACUAAGGUGUCUUGUCGCCUUAUAAAUAAGACUUAGAUUUGUUACGUUUUAUCUGAAUAAUAUAUAAAUAUAUCAUUAGUGAUACGAACAUCGCUUUUUAGAUUUAAGUUAUUUUUAUAUCAAUUUAUUGAAAGUAAUAUAAAAAAAGGAAGUAAAAAAAUAUUAAUAAUUUUUUUUUUUUCAAUUGUAUUCCGGAUUGAUGUGCAUGUGAUCUCAUAAGUGGAAUUAACCAUAGUUGUUAGUACUAGGAUCUAUAGUGCAAUUAUGCAUUGAUCACAUUUAUGUAUGUACACUUUGGAUUUCACGGCGAUAUAGUAUUAAAUAAAUGGUUUUGAAAAUGUGAA